AUGUUGCCGGGCUGGUCAGCAGCUAAGGCUUUUGCGAUGUCCAUUACUCGGGCGACAUCGUCAGUGCUGCCGAAGACGAUGAUUCGUGAGCUUCAGCAACAGUUGGAGGAGUUGGAGAAAGUGAAAGACAAGGAUUGGGACGAGCUUACCGAGGAGGACGAGGUGGUCCUCGAAGGCGAAGCUGCACUGCGCCAAGACCCAGCUAGGCUCAUGCUGGCUGCUUCGCAAGCUUUUGACUCCUCUGACCGUCCAGGCGAUGGAAAUGGAAAUGGCAAGGCUGCAGCGAGAAAAGCAAGCCAGCGAGGCAAAGCACGCUGCACUUGCCGCAGAGCACGAGGAGCUUAG